AUGCGAGCGCCCUUGAGCAUUAUAUACAACUUUGAUGAAUGCGGCUUCCAACCUGGUCAAGGGCGAUCGAGAAAGGUUAUCGGCUCUGGCUUAGCUUGCCCUGAUCUAGCUGAAACUGAUCGAGGCGAAACUAUUACAGCAGUUGAAUGUAUCGCUGCUGACGGCUGGCUAAUGGAUCCGCUCUUUAUCUUUAAGAGUAGCGGAUCUAACUUCAAGGAAGCCUGGUACGAUGGUAGCGAAGCCCUUCCACCUAAUACCGGCACUGCAAUUUCACCGAACGGCUGGAUUUCUGAUGAACUAGCCCUGUGCUGGCUAGGGUAUUUUAUCAAUGCGACUGCUGGUGAUCGCUUACUACCGGGCGAGAAGCGGUACCUUAUCUUCGACGGGAACGGCGCGCAUCUAACUCUCGAAUUUCUAGAGAAAUGCGAGAAGUAUGCGAUCGUACCAUUCGCAUUUCUACCGCAUUCUACACACCUCUGUCAACCGCUCGACGGGAAGCCCUUUUUGAAUUAUAAACAGCAAUUUCGGCUCGAGAAUAAUGAGCUAUCAUUUUGGGGUGGCCGACCGUACGGGAAGGCUGAAUUUCUACGGAUUAUCCAGCCGAUUCGUGAGCGAACAUUCCACCCGCGAAUUAUUCGCGAUUCCUUCAAAGAUAGUGCGAAAGCUCAGCGAAAUCUCACUAGGAUCUUCCAACACCAGCGAGAGAAGCUUGAAGAGCUUGCUAUGACGCAGGACUCGAUUCGGCGCAUUCGAGCUGCGCAAGCCCCCCAACGUCGUGUAUACACUAAGCGGCAGGUUAAAACGCUAAGCCAGGAUGGUAUCCUUCGCCCUCGUGAUGCGAAUCGGUCAAUUAAAGAGCGGAAGGAGAAGGAAAACGCUGCAGAGAAGCGGAGGAUUGAUAAGGCAGCGGAGAAGGCGUACGGCUUCAAGCCUUCACAACUAUCGGAUGAGACUAUUCAGAGGGCAAAGGAUAGUGCGAAGGAAGCGAAGGAUAACGGAGAGCUCUUUUUUUAUGGGUUAAUUGCGUGUUUUUAG